AGUGACAACGUCCACCUCAACGGUGGGGUUACCACGAGAAUCGUAGACAGAGCGGGCGUGGAUCUUGGUGAUAGGCAUUUUGAUGAACGAUGGCCCAAAAUGAAUGAUGGAUGCCAGCAGGUGAGCAAUGGAGUCACCGGUCAAUCACAAACCUUUGGGGCGGCGAAAAGAGUAAAACAACAACAGCGAACGGAGCUACUGAGAGGUGACAAUUGGGAUGGAAACAGCUGGUUCUUGUAUUCUACGCACCGGAAAGCUCACGGCCAGUUCCUCCGGAUCUUUCCAAGGAGAUGGUGGGGCAGCAACCUCCUGUUUGUUGGCUCACGAGGUUUCAUUACGCUCUACAGCGAGAUCUCCCGUACUCCCUCGGGGUAAGGCGGGUGGCAGGAGGCCCUGCGAGAAUCAAUUCGAAUCAUCUAUAAUGGCGGUUAUCAUCGUAGCCUAUCCUAUACUUCAUCCAUCGUGAGCUCUCUGGAAGCACCAUAAUAUUGUAGUUAAGUUUUUGUGACGCAAUUGACUCAGGAGCAUUCUGUGCACUUGUUCAUACCUGAGUCUAGAGCCAUUACUGAAUGUAAAGAGCUCUGACGUUACUUCACGGCUCUCCCUUCU